AUGUGGAGCAACAUCUCAGGCUCCUCCGGUAGAGACAUUGCCAAACAAUUCAAGGAGCAGGACAUCACUCUCAUCGGUCAUAGAGACACAGCUGUCGGAAAAGAGCUUGGAAAAAUCAUUCCGGUGGCUUCCACCACGGGCGCACUGAUUGUGUCGGUGGUUGUGUGCAGUGUCGAGGCCCUUGGACUCUCUGGAGGCCUGGCUGUCGGAGCGCUGACUGGCUUGUUGUGCGCUCUGACGCUCUUGGAAAGCGUCAUGACUGAGUACCAGCAAUCUGGGGGAAUGGCCUCUCAGUUUGGACAGAUGUUCCAGCAACGCUAA